CCGGCUGAGAUGAAGGAGGAAGAAAAACAUUCUUCAUCACUGUCAGCGGAGGAGGAGGAGAGCACCAAGAUGUUUGCCCCCAGCGCCGCCGCCAACUGUGUGCUGACGGAGGAUCAGUUCUUGUGCUGCAUCUGUCUGGACAUCUUCUUCGAGCCGGUGACCCUUCCCUGCGGGCACAACUUCUGCCGGACCUGCAUUGAGAAGCACCGGACCAUGCAGGCCAAGAACCACUGUCCCACGUGCAAGGUGGUAUUCCCCCAAAGACUGGACCUGCACAUCAACAUCUUCAUCGCCCAGAUGGCCGAGCAGUUCCGAAAGUCCACGCAAGUUCCCGCUCUGAGCAGCAAAAGACCUGAUGUCACCUGCGACGUCUGCGUAGGGAACAAAGCGCCAGCGUUGAAGUCCUGCCUGGUGUGCGUGGCAUCCUACUGCGAGGUCCACCUGGAGCCGCACCUGACGGCGUCGCGGCUGAUGAGACACCAGCUGACCGAGCCCGUCCAGAACCUGGAGGGCCGCAUGUGCGCGUUGCAUGACAAACCUCUGGAGCUCUUCUGCCGGAGUGACUUGAACUGCGUGUGCAUGCUGUGCUCGCUUCUGGAACAUAAGAAUCAUCAGGUGGUUCCGCUGAGGGAAGAGUGCGACAGAAAGAAGGCCGAGUUGUGGAAGACAGAGGCGGAGCUCGUACGCUCCAUGGACGUGAGGCGCAAAAAGAUGGAGGAGUUCAGACACGUCAUCAAGGUCAACAAGGAUGCCGCGGACAAAGAGCUGGCCCAGGGAAUGGACUUCUUCCGUUUUCUGACGCAGUCUGUGGAGAAGGCCCAGGAAGAGCUGGUACAGUCCGUCAAGGCCAAGCAGAGGCGCAUUGAGGAGGAGGCCAACGUUCUGAUCCGAGAGCUGGAGAAAGAAGUCAGUCAGCUGGACAACAGGAAGUUGGAGGUGCAGCAGCUGUCACGCACUAAAGAUCAACUCCACUUCCUGCAGAACCUCCGCCCCCAACCGUCGCUACGCACCAAAGAUUGGAACAAGGUCCAAGUCAGCGCUGAGCCCUUUGAGGGCACUUUGAGAACCACCGUGGAGCAGCUGGAGGAGAAGCUAGGUAAACAACUGAAGAGGGUGGUCCGGUCCGCUGAGAUGAAGCACAUGCACAAGUUUGCUGUGGACAUCACGCUGGACCCGGACACGGCUCAUGCCGCACUCAUCCUGUCCGACGACAGGAGGCAGGUCUUUCAUGGCUCCGUGGACAGAGACCUCCCCAACAACGCCAAGAGAUUCAAUCCGAGCUGCUGCGUCCUCGGAAAGCAGAGGUUCUCUUCGGGAAAGUUCUAUUUUGAGGUCCACGUGGAGGGCAAGUCCAGGUGGACGCUAGGUGUGGCCAAAGCGUCCAUCAAGAGGAAGGGUGUCAUCUCCAUCAGUCCAGAAAACGGCCACUGGGCCAUCUGGCUGAAAAACGGCAACGAGUAUGCCGCCCUGGAAGGUACUCCUCGUCCUCUGGCGGUGAAGACCAAGCCCAAGCGUGUGGGAGUCUUUGUGGACUACGAUUUGGGCCGGGUCUCGUUUUAUGACGUCAACACCGGUGCUCUUAUUCACUCCUACAACGGCUGCAACUUCUCUGAAGACAUCCAGCCGCUCGUCAGCCCCGGACUGAACCACGACGGGCAAAACUCAGCGCCGCUGACACUCGGGUUGGCCAAAUACUGACAAGAACUUUAGCUUCAAGGUGGACUCAUGUGGACGGAGACACAUGGUGAUUAGCUGGCUUCUUGACUGCUGUAAAACUUUUGUCUUUUUUGCACCUUCAUGACCAGGAAGUGGCACUCAUUGUCAUUUCACUCUUUUAUCAUCUGAAAAGUUUGUCAAUAAAGUUAUU